CACAUUAUCGCAUUGGCUUGUCAUCAUUUAGCUCGUCAGCGCGAAUCUUGGCCAACAUGAUUUCCACUAAGCUAGUGUCGUCUCGUCAGGCUCCGUCAACAGGGUGUAGGUUAAUUUUCGAGAGAUGCUGGUUAGUUAGCUGAGUAAAUAAGCUCCGUGUCUUCAGGUGGAUCCCAAACCCGCCUUUGGCGUGAGAAGAAAAUGACCCAGCUCAGUGUCAGAUAUUGGACCCCCAAACACGUUGCCAGGUGGCUAAAGGAAGAAGGUUUCUGCGACUAUGUUGACCUGCUGUGCAACAAGCAUCGACUGGACGGCACCAGCCUGCUUGCUCUCAGUGAAUACGACCUCCGCUCACCGCCUCUGGAGCUCAAGGUGCUGGGCGACAUCAAGAGGCUGAUGAUGUCUGUCCGCAAGCUGCAGAAGCAGAACCUUGACGUCCUGGAGGAGCUGGGCGUCCCUUUCGAUGGCCUCUCUCCGUCCAGUUCUGGGAGUAACUUGGAAUGGCUGUGCAAUGGGGACCCCAGCAGAGACUGCGAUAGCACCAACACCGCUCCUGUGGGGGAGGAGUACCAGCAGUACACCAACGGGAAAUACAAGCAGCAGAUGAGGCGCCUGGAUCCUGAAUACUGGAAGACGGUGUUAAGCUCCGUCUAUGUGGUGUUUGUGUUCGGGUUCACUUCCUUCGUCAUGGUCAUAGUCCACGAAAGGGUCCCCGACAUGCGCACCUACCCUCCACUGCCUGAUAUUUUCCUUGACAGCAUGCCAAGGAUACCGUGGGCUUUUGCUAUGGCUGAGGCGUGUGGCGUUAUUCUCUGUAACAUUUGGCUGCUGGUUCUUCUGCUGCACAAACACAGGUCCAUCCUUCUGCGACGCAUGUGCAGCUUAAUGGGGACAGUUUUCAUGCUACGAUGCAUCACCAUGUUCGUCACCUCUCUGUCCGUUCCAGGGCAGCAUCUGCAGUGCACUAGAAAGAUGUAUGGCGACAUGUGGGCCAAGCUGCAGCGAGCUGUGGCCAUCUGGAGCGGGUUUGGGAUGACCCUCACCGGGGUACAUACGUGCGGAGACUACAUGUUCAGCGGCCACACUGUGGUUCUCACAAUGCUUAACUUCUUUGUUACAGAGUACACUCCACGGAGUUGGAAUUUUAUCCACACCUUGUCUUGGGUCCUCAACCUCUUUGGGAUCUUCUUCAUCCUGGCUGCCCAUGAACACUACUCCAUUGAUGUGUUUAUAGCCUUCUAUAUCACUACCAGACUCUUCCUGUACUACCACACUCUGGCCAAUACUCGGGCGUACCAGCAGAGUCGGCGAGCCCGCAUCUGGUUUCCUAUGUUCUCCUUCUUUGAGUGCAAUGUGAACGGUCCCGUCCCCAAUGAGUACUGCUGGCCCUUCCCUAAACCUGCGGCGAUGAAGCGCCUGAUUGGAUAACAAACUGCUGCAUAUUGUUUUUCGUCUUGUCCUGUGAAGUUGCCAAUUGAGGAGGCUCGCGGCAUUCUUGAUGAAGAUACCUGGUGUAAUGCUCAGAGCCAAAUCGUUUUUUUUGUUUCUUUUAGAGCCAAUUUCUCUGACCUGCUUCAUCAUUUCAAAAGCUUUUUGCAGAUUAGACUUAAUCUACUACAAACUCAUAAUUUAGUGUUUAACUGAAAACAUCUGAUACAAACACUGAUUUUUUUUUUUUUUUUUCAAAAAGGAUGUAAUUUUAUGUAGCAUGGAUUGCAUUUUAGUAUUUUCCAUAGAAAUUGAGUUAAUUAAUUUUUGUAAUUAAUCAUCAGACAUAGAUUUCAUCAAUGCCAUCCGUAUUUCUUAAGAUCAUGCUUUAUUUUGAUAUUAAUACAAUCUAAUUUCAUAGUAAGGAAAACCUUGAAGAAAAUUUAAUAAUCAGCCAAAUACUUUGGGGGAAAAGAAACUCUUGAAUUCCCUAAAAUAUGUCUUAAAAUGUUUCCUUCUUACCAAUUGAGAAAUUUCUCUAGAAAUGUUUCCAUAUUUACUGUCCUAUAUCUGUGUCAUUUUAGGUGCAAUACAUUUCCACAUACUAAGAAUUAGGAGACUAUGACCAAGUUUUGUCCUUUCUCCAAUAUUCCUGAUUUUAAUCUGUACCAAACUGACCCUUAAGAGAAAUCUUAAUGUAUAUGUGUAUAUUUAUUUUUGAUUGUCGAUAGAUAUUUUUAUACUUCCCCAAUGUAAAAACAUGUAGAUAGGUUUACAUUUGCUUUGAACGAUAUGUUUGAAAAACAGUGUGUGAAGCGUAGACUUUAAUGUGUGCUGCUGUAUGUUUCAAUUACUGAAAGAUACUAAUAGAAACAUAAUCUAUUGAACAACUCAAGUAUUAUUUCAUGCAAAAAGGGUUGAUGUGUUCAGCAACUCAUUUUUUUGAGCUGUCAUUAAA